AUGCGGGCCUCCCCUUCCAAAAAGAAACGUGACGCAGCAAGAGUGACUGCGCACUGGCAGCAUGCGGCCCAGCAAGAGACGCUGACCCAUGUUAAGUGCCGGGGGUCUUUUAGAUCUGCCUCCAGUCGGGCAGCGGCCAGGAAGCGGCGUUUGACAUGGCUCGCAUGGCGCGCUGAUCGGCAUGCUGAUCUUCCUACGGACAGGGUCUGGCUUCUUGACCGUCUAAGGGCAGCCGCGAAAACAGGAACCGGAACUUACGGCGCCUUUGUUUCUGCCUUCUCCCCGCGAAAGAAGUCUGGCCGUCAGCGAGAUUGCUUUCCGCUUGCUCCAAUCACGGCGCUGGACUACAAACCGGGCGAUGUCUGCACUUUGCGAUGGGCGGUCAUUCGUGGCUUUGUGAACCUGCUCUUGACGAGUCUGAACUGGCUUUUCGGGGUGUCCACGACGGCACGCGCUUGCCAACCACACACAGCAGCGCAACAGUGCAUCAUCAAGGGCAUUGUCUCUCGGGUGAUGGGUACAGUGGCGAGGCUACAGUGUGUGGUGGAGCAAUCUUGGGAACACCAGUUGCCCGAUUUCGUUCCUUGGAUCGGGAAACCUGCAGCUGCGACCUUCCAGGACCUGGAUGCUGAUCGUGUUGACAACCUUUCUGUCGCCGGAGCUUGUGACCCUCUCCCACACUUACCUGCGGAUGUGCAGGGAGUCGUACAAAACCCGAGGUACAUGUUCGAAGGUGCACUCCCUGGCUUGGAGCAGUUUGAGGACUUCUCGGCGGGCUCGAGGGAUGAGUAUGCACGGCUCGUGGUCAAGCAGUUACGAUGUGGUAAGCUUGGUUUGUCUACUCGUUGCAAAGGUGGUGGCGCUUCCUUCGCAGUGGGAAAACCUGGCGGCAAUCGGCUUCGGGAAGUUUGGCACGGACGACGUGUGUCUCAAGCGGCAUGCGGUCCGCCCAAACCGCGCCAUCUGGCUUCACCAACUGCUUUGGCUCUGCUGGAAUGCUCCAAGGACUGCCCCAUUCGUGUCAGCAAACGCGAUGCUUCCUGUUGGUUUGACCAGUUGAAGCUUCCAGUCGUCCUUCGCGAAUACAUGGCGAAGCCGCCCCUCACCACUGAAGAGUUGGAGCGGGCGGGCAUGCCAUGUGAAGAGCAGCAGUUUCACAUGGAAGCUGGGCAGGCUUGGCGUGCUGGCUCUCUCUUUCCAUUGCACCAUGUGUGGCCCAUGGGUUUUGCGUGGUCCUCUUACAUUGCUCAAGAAGAGAUGCUGAUGGUUUGCGACAAGGCCGGCAUCCCAGAAGCAUCGCUGUUGUCGUGCGACUCUGAAACUCCAAGCUCUUUCCGUCUGGCUGCAGCAGUUGCGACUGACGAUGUGAUGCUAUUCAGCAAUGCUGGGCCCGGUGCCACUUUGGUUGCAGCCAGUGCUUUAGACAGUGAAAUGGCUUCUCAGGGUGUGGUGCGCAAUGUCAAGAAAGACGUGAAUGACCAGCUCAACGCCACGUGUGUAGGUGUCGACUUGGUGGACGGGUGUUUUCUUGACAUUCCAGCCACACGGUUGCUGGCAUUGCUCGUGUCUUACUUCUUCGUGCAUUCUACAAAGCGCGCCUCGCCAAAGCAAGUUCACCAGCUACUCGGAACCCUUCAGUGGUACGACUUGCUGAACAGGCCCAAGCUGUCGGUGUACGACGCCGUCUACAGGUUCACUGGCGACAGGGAGGACACGGUUGUGACAACGAUUCCGCCUGAUGUCCUUGGCGAGCUGGCUUGCAGUGUUUGCCUGGGCGUUUUCUGGCGAUGUGACCUGACGCGACCUUUUAUUCCACUGCUUGGGGCAACAGAUGCUAGCACUGUGUUUGGUCUAGGCGCUUCGGUGGCCCAUACUUCCGAAGUGGUGGCACGAAGAGUGGCCCGCUGGGCUGAAAAACAAGGAGCUUACCUUGUCAUGGAUGGAGGUUCUGCUGACACCGCCCGCUCUGGGCCACGUCAUCAGCUGAACGUCAGCCUCGGCGACUUCUCAGAUGUAUUCAGCACUCGGGCGAGAUUCCCGGGGCAUAUUAAUGUUCUGGAAGGCGAGGCUUUUGUGCUUUUCUUGCGCUGGCUUCUUCGGACUCGCAGGCACCACAGCAAACGCGUGGUGGUCCUGCUUGACUCUGCCGUCUGGGUUGGUGCGGCGGCGAAAGGUCGCUCGUCAUCGCGGUUGAACCGAUUGCUGCGAAAAACAGCAGCCCUCACGCUGGCGGGCGAUCUCCAGCUGCACAUGAUCUUGGUGCCUUCGGCAGAAAACCCUUCCGAUGCCCCUUCUCGGGGAAUCAAACGUCGCCGCAAGAAGUGCAGGUAA